GCGGAGCCCGUGGCCGCGCCCGCUCCCGCCGGCGGCUCGUCGCCGGGCGGCCGGGCCAUGGGGGAGGCCGAGGCGGGCGGCGGCGGCGCGGCGGGCGACAAGGGGCCGGGGGAGGCGGCCACCAGCCCGGCCGAGGAGACGGUGGUGUGGAGCCCCGAGGUGGAGGUGUGCCUCUUCCACGCCAUGCUCGGCCACAAGCCCGUCGGUGUGAACCGCCACUUCCACAUGAUCUGUAUCCGCGACAAGUUCAGCCAGAACAUCGGGCGGCAGGUCCCAUCCAAGGUCAUCUGGGACCACCUGAGCACCAUGUAUGACAUGCAGGCCCUGCACGAGUCUGAGAUUCUUCCGUUCCCAAAUCCAGAGAGGAACUUCGUGCUUCCAGAAGAAAUCAUCCAAGAAGUCCGAGAAGGAAAGGUGAUCAUUGAGGAGGAAAUGAAAGAGGAAAUGAAGGAAGACGUGGACCCCCACAACGGGGCCGAGGAUGUUUUUUCAUCUUCAGGAAGCUUGGGGAAAGCAACAGAAAAGCCCAGCAAAGACAAAGACAAGAACAACUUGGACUUGGGGUCCAAAGAGGGGCCGGACAAGCGGAAGCGCAGCCGGGUCACCGACAAAGUCCUGACCGCCAACAGCAACCCCUCCAGUCCCAGCGCGGCCAAGCGGCGCCGGACGUAGACACCGCAGCGGCAGUGAAUGCCCGCGGCCCUGCUGCCUGCCCUCGGGCCAGAGGCUCCCGCAGUGCCUCAGCCCAUGGGGCCGGAUGCCCCCGAGGACCAGGACGGGCCCCGCCCAGUUGCUGAGACCCGAGAGCUAGGAGCCUGGGAGCCUGGGCCGCAGCCACCCAGGACACACGUGGCUUCCGUGGCGUCGGGCAGCUGCGCCUGUGGCCAGCGGCGGCCCGGGCCUGAGGACCAGGCUGCGUGGGCAGAGCGCCGGGUACCGCAGACAGUCGCACGCGGCCUCCCUCUGCCCUGAGGCCCCCACCUCCCCGUCUGUCCGCCACUCCCUCCCAACUGACUGCGGCCGCGGGAGAGCGUCAGGCCACAGGCGCUGGCCCCUCCACCACCCGAGAGGCUGAGAACUGGGUAUUUUGCCUCAUUCACUUGUACUGUAAGGAUGUAUAUAAUUUGGUUGGUAUUUCACUAUUUAAUUUUUAAGAAGCCUAUUUUACUAGUGUUUUAUAUGAAAAAAGUACUGCAGAAGUUAAGCCCCUGUUGUAUUUUUUCUGAGAUGUUUUGUUUUAAGGUAACAGACUACUGACAUACUUUUUGCUCAGUUUUUAUAUGCCGGAUACAGAGAAUUUGUAGCGGUUAUUUUUGUAUUCCUGAGUAACUUGCAAACAGACCAAAUGAGCGUGUGGAGGGGGCAGGACGGGGGCCGACCCGCCGCAGCCUGGGCCCCGGGCUGCCUGAGGGGCGCUUGGCGUUUGACUGAAGGAAGCACAUUAAAGCACAAAAAGCAACCCAGAGUGGCCUGCGUUUGAUACCAAACUAAGUUAACUUUUCCUUUUCCUACAAUAGGAAGUUGUAUUUUUGAAAGAUUUAUAACUGAAGCUCCCCUUUGAUGCACUCCAGCACUUGAUACAUUGAAUACACAAACUAGCAG